UGUCGGUGGGACAUUGAAUGACUUUGGCUGCAUCGCGAAAACAGCUAGUUUAUUAAUUUUUUCUACACGACGCGAGCAUGGAGGCUCUUAUCCCCGUUAUAAACAAGCUCCAAGAUGUAUUCAACACAGUGGGGGCCGAUAUUAUCCAGCUGCCACAGAUAGCAGUAGUCGGGACUCAGAGCAGUGGAAAGAGCUCUGUGCUGGAGAGCCUGGUGGGAAGGGACUUGCUGCCCCGUGGGACUGGCAUUGUAACCAGGCGACCUCUUAUUCUCCAGCUGGUACACGUAGAUCCUGGAGACGCCAGGAAAAAUGACGACAGUGGUGAAGAGUGGGGCAAGUUUCUGCACACAAAAAAUAAGAUCUACACCGAUUUCGAUGAAAUCAGACAAGAAAUUGAAAAUGAAACUGAACGAGUAUCAGGGAAUAAUAAGGGGAUCAGCGACGAACCCAUUCAUCUGAAGAUAUUUUCUCCUCACGUUGUCAACCUCACACUGGUGGACCUGCCAGGAAUCACUAAGGUUCCUGUAGGUGAUCAGCCCAAGGACAUUGAGAUUCAGAUAAGAGAUCUAAUCCUGAAGCACAUCUCCAACCCCAACUGCAUCAUCCUGGCUGUCACGGCUGCUAACACAGACAUGGCCACCUCUGAGGCCCUCAAGGUGGCUCGGGAGGUUGACCCUGACGGCCGGAGGACACUGGCUGUGGUGACCAAGCUGGACCUGAUGGAUGCUGGUACUGACGCUAUGGAUGUACUAAUGGGCAGAGUCAUACCUGUCAAACUGGGCCUCAUUGGAGUAGUCAACAGGAGCCAGUUGGACAUAAACAAUAAAAAGUCUGUGGCUGAUGCGAUUCGGGACGAAUAUGCUUUCCUGCAGAAGAAAUAUCCAUCUCUCGCCAACAGAAACGGAACCAAAUACCUGGCCAGGACCCUUAACAGGUUACUGAUGCAUCACAUCCGAGACUGUCUCCCUGAGCUGAAGACACGGAUCAACGUCCUGGCAGCUCAGUACCAGUCCCUGCUCAGCAGCUACGGAGAACCCGUCGAAGACCAAAGUGCCACCUUGCUCCAGCUCAUCACCAAGUUCGCCACAGAAUACUGCAACACCAUCGAGGGCACGGCCAAAUACAUCGAGACGGCAGAACUGUGCGGCGGAGCCAGAAUUUGUUACAUAUUCCACGAGACUUUUGGCAGAACAUUGGAGUCUGUGGAUCCUCUGGGAGGACUGAGCACCAUAGACAUCCUAACAGCCAUAAGGAACGCAACAGGCCCGCGUCCUUCCCUGUUUGUGCCUGAGGUUUCCUUCGAGCUGUUGGUGAAGAAGCAGGUGAAACGCCUGGAGGAGCCCAGUUUGCGCUGCGUGGAGCUGGUCCACGAGGAGAUGCAGAGGAUCAUCCAGCACUGCAGCAACUACAGCACACAGGAGCUGCAGAGGUUCCCUAAGCUUCAUGAGGCCAUUGUGGAAGUGGUCACCUCCCUCCUGAGGAAGAGACUGCCUAUCACCAAUGAGAUGGUCCACAACUUGGUUGCAAUUGAGCUGGCCUACAUCAACACCAAACACCCAGACUUUGCAGAUGCCUGCGGGGUCAUGAAUAACAAUAUAGAGGAGCAAAGGAGAAACAGGAUGAGAGAACUGCCCACUGCAGUGCCCAGGGAUAAGUCUGUUGGCAAAGGCCCGGCUGGCCCAACUGUGGUUUCUGGCGAGCCCCCUGCGUCUGGAGCAGACAUGGACGGUGCCAAGGUGGCGGCAGCAGGACCCCAGGGCGAACAGGACGGCACAGGGAACUGGAGGGGGAUGCUGAAGAAGGGAGAGGAAGCCCCAGGUUCUGGACCCGGAAGCCCCCUUAAAGGAGCAGUCAACCUACUCGAUGUGCCGGUUCCAGUUGCCAGGAAGCUGUCGUCACGUGAGCAGCGGGACUGUGAGGUCAUCGAACGCCUCAUCAAGUCGUACUUCCUCAUUGUCCGAAAGAAUAUCCAGGACAGUGUGCCGAAGGCAGUGAUGCACUUCCUGGUCAACCAUGUGAAGGACAGCCUCCAGAGCGAGCUUGUUGGCCAGCUGUAUAAAUCUGGCCUCCUCAACGAUCUGCUGACUGAGUCGGAGGAUAUGGCCCAGCGGCGCAAGGAGGCCGCGGACAUGCUACAGGCGUUGCAGAAAGCCAGCCAGGUGAUUGCUGAGAUCCGGGAAACACAUCUGUGGUGAAAAAUCAACGAAGGCAGCUGAACCUGAUCUGGUAUCUUCUCGUCAUGCCCGUCAUGCCCAAGGACCGACUCUCCAUGCACUCAUCGUGUCUGAACUUGAAGUUUCGGAUUUGCAACCAUGAUCCCUGCUCAGGCGUACAGUGGGUAUCAUUUUCGCAAGAUACCUGAAAGAAAUGUAAGUCAGUUUAAGUUAUUUAAAACACUUGGUGUUGUCUUGGGUAUAUGAAAAUAUGCUGCACUCUUAGCUAAGGUUUAAGGUAAAGUUCUAGAAACUGUAGUUGCCACCCACUCCUCCUGGAGGAAUCGAGAGUGCAGCCAAAGGCAAAGUACUUUUCAUUUCUGACACACUGUGGUUAACCAGUAUGGAAAUGGACUUUUGUGUGAAGUGGUAAUGAAAGUUUUGAUGCCGUUUUGGCAGCUCCACAAAGCAUUCUGAAAAAUGUUUUGGAUCUAGGAUUAUAAAAAAAAUAUCUAAAAUAUUAUUCUGCCCCUCAUCUGCAACCUUUUCAUGUAAGAUUAACUGUCAUGUGUCAGAAACCUUGGAACCUCAUUAGUCGUAGUCUAACAAUACAGCAGGGAUUGGUUCACUGAUUUAGUAUAAAUGCAUACUUGCAGCAAACGUUAGUCAUCUAGCCUGUGUACAUAAUCCAUCACUUUAUUUUUUGCACUCUUGUCACCACACUGUACUGUAUAGAGAGGCUAUCAUCUUGACACUGUAUUGCCAAACUCUUUAUUUAUUAAUGUAUUAUUUAAGUGUGUGGAUAAUGUUAUGUGCACUAUUGCAGCGUGCUGCGGUAGGUCAUUUAAUUACGUUUACAUAUCGCUGCCUACGUGUGAAAUUUAUAGUGCACUGUGGUUCUAUGUAUGGUUCCCCCGAGAAUAAACUGAAGUAUU